UCCCAGGAAGCCUCCUUCAGCAGAUCCGAGUGGAUCAAAGUGGAUUCUCAAAAGGUGCGCGCUCGAGUUUUUCUUUGGCGGCGUUCAACUGUACAGUGCGUCGUGCCGGAAGUUCCUGAAGCGGCUGUGUGCUGGUUGUAACUCCUAUUAAUCCUCAUUGCUGGUAAUACUGGAAUUCAGCAGCCAGGCAGAAUCGCAUCCAUACCCAGCGGCUCCAGCCAUCCCAAAAUUAUCGUCCAUCAAGCAUUCCACGGGUAAUAGGCAGAGACACAAACGCAGCUCCAGCUGAGUGGUGAAGAGGUCUACAUAGAACAGAAGCUUACAAGCAGCACCAGUUAAACACCAUGCAGUGCAGGAUCACCCUAUUGGAUGGCUCGGACUACACCUGUACAGUGGAGAAGAAAGCCAAAGGCCAGGUCCUGUUCGAUAAAGUAUGUGACCACCUCAACCUAAUGGAGAAGGACUACUUUGGGCUGACGUAUCGUGACGCAGAACAUCAGAAGAACUGGAUGGACCCUGCAAAAGAACUGAAAAAACAAAUUAGAAGUGGUCCCUGGAACUUUGGGUUUAAUGUGAAGUUUUAUCCUCCUGACCCAUCUCAGCUGUGUGAAGACAUCACUCGGUACUACCUGUGCCUUCAGCUGAGAGAUGACGUCGUGUCGGGCAGAUUGCCGUGCUCCUUCGUCACUCAUUCUCUCCUGGGUUCAUACAUCGCCCAGUCUGAGCUUGGAGACUAUGACCCUGAAGAGCUGGGCAGCGAUUACAUCAGCGACCUUCGCUUCGCUCCCAAUCAGACCAAAGAGCUGGAGGAAAAGGUCAUGGACCUGCAUCGCAACUACAAAGGGAUGACUCCAGCUGAGGCAGAGAUGCUCUUCCUGGAGAAUGCCAAGAAGCUUUCCAUGUAUGGUGUAGAUCUGCAUCAUGCCAAGUUAGUAGGGAGGCUGUCUGAGUGCUUAGCUCGGGCUAAGGAAGAGGAUUCGGAGGGAGUGGAGAUUAUGCUCGGUGUUUGUGGCAGCGGCCUUCUCAUCUACAGGGACCGACUGCGGAUAAAUCGAUUUGCCUGGCCCAAAAUCCUCAAGAUAUCCUACAAGCGGAACAACUUCUAUAUUAAGAUACGCCCUGGAGAGUUUGAACAGUUUGAGAGCACCAUUGGUUUCAAACUUCCAAAUCACAAAUCAGCAAAGAGAUUGUGGAAGGUGUGUGUGGAACAUCACACGUUUUUCAGGUUGGUGGCAACGGAACCUCCUGCUAAGAAGUUUCUGUCACUGGGCUCUAAGUUUCGCUACAGUGGGAGAACGCAGACGCAGACGCGCCGUGCCAGCUCUCAGAUCUCUCGGCCUGCACCACAGUUUCAGCGCUCCUCCAGCAAACGGCUCACCACCACUCGCAGUCUAGACAUAGCUCCAGCCAUGGCCAACAACGACAACUUGAUGAAGGACUCUAAACCAGCUUUUGCCGCAGGGACCCUCAUCACCACGGUAACGCCAGAGAAAAAGGUGGAGGAAGAGAACGCAGUCAAAGAUGAAAGCACUCCUGCGGCAGAGAUAUCCGAGCCUGACCCUCCCACUCCUGUUACCAAGAGCGUCCUUGCCUCCCCGCUCUCCUCCACUAAAGUGCGAAGAAGAAAACGGAGAAGAAGCAGUUCUGAACACGCCGCCUCAGCAAGUCCGGCAAACGGCAAGCAGAUUUCUGACCAGAACCGGCCCAAAGCGGGAACGCUUUUCUCCUUCUCCCUGCACCUCCCAGACAUGUCUUCUCUCCUGGAUGAAGAUGGUUACCUGAGCUUUCCUGACCUGUCUGAGCUGAACUUCUUACCCGAGUGCUUCCAGCACUUCCUGCCUAUCAAGUCGCCAUCUCUCGUGCCCUGCUUCCUCUUCAUCUUCUUUUUUCUGCUGUCUACCUCUUUCUCUGUACCCUAUGCACUUACACUCUCUUUUCCGUUGGCACUGUGCCUCUGCUAUCUGGAGCCCAAAACCACGUCACUUUCCACCUCAUUUACCAACAGCUUUCAGGACAGUUCAGAUGACGAGACAGACAGCGAACAGACUGAUGAGACAACAGAGACUGAGUCUGAGUCGGAGGAUGAAUCGGAGCUGGUAAGCCAGACUGCAGAAGAUGCCAAAUCUGAACCUCAAGAGGACAUUUCAGAAGAAAAACCAAAUCCUGCGGGGGCUGACUCUGCCGAGAAUUCAGGUGGCCAACAGGACACUGCAGUAGUUAAUGAUACAGCAGAAGCUACAGAGAAUAUUCUGACUCCUAAAGCUUCAAACAAUGUUGUUAUUGAGGAAGUUAGUACUACUGAAGAUGGUCCUCCAGCUCCUCCGUGUUUGUCUGAUAAGAGAACCUUGGUUUCUGGAGGCAUACAUUCAAAAUCAGUCAGUGAGAGCACAGAAACGUCAUCGUGUAAUGAUAAAGAAAUGUCAGUACUGCAUACAGUUGAGGAAUCUGAAGACUGGGGAGAUAAUAAAGACACUGCAAUGGCGUCCUCUACUGGUGAAGCUCAGGAGUUAAUAGUAGAAGCGUCUUUUAAUACACUCGCAUUGGACACCGUGCCAGUGUUUUCUACUGGGACAUGUACAGAGAAGGAAGAACUUCCUGAUCAGACUCUUUUUGGGGAGAAAGUAUUUACUGUUCACAUUUUUAAUGAGGUGGAACAAAUUCCUGCUCUGAUCCAUAUAAAGGAAGGUGAAUUUCCUGCUCAAACUCAGACUGAGGAUCAAGAAUUUAGCAUUAAUACCCAUAUUGUGGAAGAAGAAUCUCCUGCCCAGAUGUUUGAUUAUAAGGAAGACCUUCCUGCCCAGACCCAUACUGACACAGAAGAAUUUUUGGUUCUGACACUGAAUUGUACGGAAGGGCUGCUUGCUCAGUCUUGCUUUGAGAGUGAAGAGUUUUCUUCUGCACAGAAAGAUGGAUCUUCUGUUCAUGUCAGUCAAGAGAAAAAAGACCUGCUUAAUCGGACCCCAAACCCAUUUCCUAUUCAGAUCCAUACAGAGGAAGAUGAUUCUCUUGCUCAGACUCCAGAUAAGAUGGAAGCACUUCCUGUUCAGACCCCUAGUAAAAUUGAGGAAUUUCUGAUUCUGUCAUCAGCUAUGGAGGACAGCCUUCCCAAAAUAGCUCCGGAGAACAUUGAACUUUCUACUCAAACCCAUACAGAGAAGAAUAGAUUUCUGGAUGAGGCAGACUGUUCUGCUCCUAUUCAUAUUGAGGAAGUAGAAUUUUGUCAUGAGAAAGAGUUUCCUGUUCAGACACAUGUUGAGGAAGUUUCUAUUCCGAACCACACUAAUGUGCAUGAAAUUAAAGAUAACAAAGAUGUUGAUUUAGUGGUAGUUGAAGAUGUUGCUCAGAUUCUAGAGAAGAUGCACAGCAAAUUAAAUGUCGAAGGAAAAGAAUCUGCACAUAAAGCAAGUCCGAGCUCCAGUCAGGAAUUUAUGGCACCUGUAACUGAAGACGAAUCUAAUUGUCUUGAUGAAAAGAUCCAGUCCACAGGUUGUGACGGCUGUACCCCCAAGAAAUCCGUGUCCUUCUGGGAAGAUGUUGAGAACGUUUCUCAAAACCCAAGAGAGAAUAUCAGGCCAAAUGUUAAUACGUCUGCUAGCUCACCUAUCUGUGAGCAGGAACAAGCCAAACCUGAUGAAAGCCAACAGACUGCAGCUGUGCAGAUAGUGUCAACCUGUGAGGAAGUUCACAAUGCUGAGCAAGUUUUGAAAGAGGAAGUGGAAGAGAGAAACACAGAAGGCUAUGAAAAUUCCAUACCCUUAGAUUCGUCGCACUGUGUAACCAGCGAAUAUAGACAGGAGGACGAGCGCGAAGCGGAAGAGGUUCUACAGGAAAUAAAGCUGAUGAAGCGAGAAGUGAACACAUCUGUGCAGCAGUCGGAGGAAUCUGCGGAGCCAGUGCAACCGGUGACCAACGAGGUGCCUGUAGUUCAUACUGAAACAAAAACCAUCACAUACGAGUCUGCCGAGGUGGAUGUUAAUGGUGACGCAGACCCCGGAGUUCUGAUGAGCGCUCAGACCAUCACGUCCGAGGACAACAGCACCACGACCACCACGCAAAUAACAAAGACGGUGAAAGGAGGCAUCUCGGAGACACGGAUCGAGAAGAGGAUCGUCAUCUCCGGAGAUGCCAACAUCGAUCACGAUCAGGCUUUGGCUCAGGCCAUAAAAGAGAUCAAAGAGCAGCAUCCAGACAUGUCUGUCACCAAAGUAGUGGUUCAUAAAGAGACUGAGAUCUCGGCUAGCGAAGGUGACCAGUGACACAGGACUAAACAUCUGUCUGACAGAGGACAGUGCCAUGUUCUUCACUCUAUGGCCCCAUGGGCAUUCGGCUUCUGUGAUUAUUAUUAUUAUUUUUUGAUCUCGGAUCCAGACAGCUCAGUGGAUAAUAGUGGGGACCAUGAAGAAGCGAUGAUUUCUACGACACCCCCACCCCCAUUCAAAUCAGCCCUGCAGUCCGAUAUUACCAAAAGCUCAGCAUGUUAUUGGGCGGAUCGUUUUACUGUAAACAGCAAUAAUCUGAGCACGCCAUGGAUGCAUGAGCACUCCAAAACGUGAGGGAUUCUUUAAAAAAAAAACAUUUGUGCAACUGCCUUAAAGAACGAUUUUUUUAAUCAUUGUGUUUGAUUUAUGUACCUUCAUUUUAUUUAUAGCAAAUACUUUAAAUUAGCGUGCCAACAGCAAAGCUACGAAAUCAAUUCAUCAGUGUUCCAGAGAGAGAUUGAAUUAAAGCCAGGUUUACCGACACAGAUCUAAGUUUGUCCAAGUGUUUUACAUGUUUUCUCUGAUUGGCAGAGCAGUUUUGCACGAAGACUUGGAUUAAUCUGUACACAGCCCAGAGACUACGAGUUAAAAGCAUUAAAUAAGUGUUUAAGUCGUGUAUAUACAUUAUAUAAGCAUAUUAUCUACAAUAACAAUUCUCUGUAUUGCAACAUUUGUACUUUGCAAUAUUUGUACUUGGUUUUAGCAUUAAGUCCUGAAAUCUAUGCCACUAUUAAAAGGGCUGCUCUUGGUUUACUUGGAAA